CACAAUCACUCUUGCAGCCAAAAUACAAACCCCAACUGAGUGAGUCGAGUGCGCGCGCAGGGUCCACCACCAUGUCCGCACAGGGAUCCUCCAACGCGGUUGUGGAGACAAUUGAGCUGUCUAGCUCUAGCUCAGAGAGUGAGGUGACUGUGGGAGACACAACUGUAAAACCGAGGCCCAAGCUACGCACCAGACGCAACAAGGUGACCAAGGCGAGUGAUGAUCGCACCCCAGAUUCGCCUGACGUCGCACGUCCAGCUAAGAGACGACGCGAGACGAGCAAGCAGAUCCAGGUAUUUUUCUUUUACAUAGUGGGAUUAUUCUUUAUUUUUUUAGCAUUUUCUUAUAUAAUUUAUCGAACUUGUUGAUGUAAACAUUUAUUUAAUG